GCUCUCAUCUACUGCUGCUGCUGCUCCAGAAAAAAAAAAGGUCGCCGCUUCUCUUGACCCCUCCGCCUCCCCACCUCACUCGACUGGCCCCUCCCUCCACCACCACGCCUCGCCGUAACCCUAGCCCCCGGGUGGCCCGAUGCCAUGCGCCCGGCGGCCCCUGCCGCAGCGCUGGGACGGUGAGUUCCCCUCUCCUCUUGCCUCCUCCCUCCCUCCCUACGCCUCCCGCUCUCUUCCGGCUUCGCGCUCUCUCCGGCGGCGCGCUGGUGUGGGGGCGGUUCUGCUGGUCUGGGCUCUCGGGUUCCUGGGGCGAGAAGGGCUGGCCGAUUGGGAGCCGGUGGGAUUCGGUGGCCUCCGGGAGGUUUGGCUGGGUGAUUCGGUGCGGGACUGCGGGUGGCUCCUCCGGGUCGAUGUGUGGUGGUUUGGUGAUUCUCUGCUGGGUCUUUGUGAACUGAAGUGACCGGGAAGUGGGGAACGGAAAUAUUAUGUAUUCCGGCGGGAGCUCAUGUCCUAGGACAUAAAGUGGGGUUGUCAGGGUAAACUGCAUUAUGGAUUCUGGCAACAGUUAAUGUUCUAGAACACGAAGUGGGCUUGUAAGAGGAAACGACAUCACGGGUGGCAGUUCAUGUUCGAGAACACGAAGUGGGCUUGUAAGAAGAAACAGUUUUAUGGAUUCCAGCGACAGUUCAUGUUCUAGAACACGAAGUGGGCUUGUGAGAGGAAGCCCCCCUGUUGUGAAGGCUCUAAGCAAGGAUGAAGCAGUCACGAAGGGGCCUCCUGAUGGAUGGAUGAAAGAAGACAUGCCUGUGGGAACGCGGAGUGGGCUUGUAAGAGGAAGCCCUGCUGUCAAGGCCCUAAUCAAGGAUGAACCAGUCACAAAGGGGCUUCCUGAUGGAUUGUUGAAAGAAGAAAUGCCUUCUAGAACGCGGAGUGGGCUUGUCAGAGGAAGCCCUAUUGUUAAGAGAGAAGACAUGCCCGUUGGAACACGAAGUGGGUUUGUCAGAGGAAGCCCUGCUAUCAAGACUCUAAGCAAGGAUGAACCAGUCAUUAAGGGGCUGGCUGAUGGAUGGCUGAAAGAAGACAAACAUCUUGGUACACGAAGUGGCCUUAUUAGAGGAAAUCUUUCUGUCAAGGCUCUCAACAAGGUUGAACCAGUCACAAAGGGGCAGCCUGAUGGAUGGCUGAAAGAAGAUAAGCCUGUUAGAACACGAAGUGGCCUUGUCCAAGGAAGCCUUGCUGUUAAGACUGUAAGCAAGGAUGAUUCAGUCAUUGCGGGGCUGCCUGAUGGAUGGCGGAGAGAAUACAGGCCAAGAAAGAAUGAAUCAUGUCAGAAGAAUGAUCCGUACUACAUUGAUCCAGUCAGUGGAUAUGAAUUUCGCUCUCUGAAGGAUGUGCACCGUUAUCUUCAAACAGGAGACAUCAGACAGUGCUCUGUGAGACCAAAGAAGGGAACCAUCUAUGAUGUUUGUAUAACAGAAAACCAAACUCAUACGAGUACAUCACAACACACAAGGCCAGGUACUGCUGAUAAGGCUAUUCAGUGUGAAAUAUUAACAUCAGAAGGUAUCAUGCUGCCAUGGGUGGACCUUUUUACUCCAUUUAGAGGAAGUAACACUGAACAUAUGAUGUCAGUAGAGUCUGGGAGCAUGAAUGCAAUGGAAGGGUAUGGCAACAGGCUUGAAACUUCAGAACACAACAGUGUUCAACCGGUCUCUGCACAACGUACUCAAAGGCAAUCUAAAUCUGGUAAAAGAAAAGAACAAAAUGUUGAGGUGAAAUCCAAGAAGCGUAAAACAAGUCCUGCAGCGACACCUGUCCGAGUGUCGCCCCGCUUAGCUGCACUGAAUGUUCAGCAUGAAGUAAGCGUGGAGCCCAAGGAUCAACCGAAUAGCAUAAAUCUUGUCAACCAGGUACAUACUAUAGAAGAGAACAUUAACGACCAGUCACAGAUUAGCCAAUCAAGCACCAUGAAUAAACAACAUGGUAAUGAGGAAAGCACUUUCAAUCAGGUAUGGUCGAGCCAAGCAGACACUGUUAAUGGAACGUGGGCUUUGCGGGAAAACACUACCAAUCACUUGCAGCCAAGCCAAGUAGACACUAUGAAUCAUGUACAGACGAAUCAGGAAAACACUGCCCAUGAGUUACAGUCGAGCCUAGCAGACACUGUCAUUCCAAUACAGACCAUGCAGAAAUACACUACCGAUCAGCCAAGCUUAGCAGACACUAUGAAUCAUGUACAGACGAAUCAGGAAAACACUGCCCAUGAGUUACAGUCGAGCCUAGCAGACACUGUCAUUCCAAUACAGACCAUGCAGGAAUACACUACCGAUCAGCCAAGUUUAGCAGACACUAUGAAUCAUAUACAGACGAAUCAGGAAAACACUUCCAAUCAAUUACAGUCAAGUCUAGCAGACACUUUCAUUCCAAUAAGUGCUACUCAGGAAUGCACUAGCGAUCACUCACAGCCGAGCAGUGCUGAUACUAUGAAUCAAAUGCAGGCGAAUAAGGAAAACACUUCUGAUCAGUUACAAGUAAGCCAAGCAGACACUGUCACUCAAAUACAGAUAAUGCAGGAAAAUAUGACCAAGCAAUCGCAGCUGAGCCAAGCAGACACUGUGAAUCAGAUACACAUCAAUCUGGAAAACACUACCAAUCACUUGCAACCAAAUUAUGCUGAAAAUCCUAUGCUGCAGGCUGGUUUCUCUUGGGCUCCUGAACUGAAUGGUGGAGCACCUAUUACAGAUUUCUGGAAAAAUGUUGAAAAUCAGGACUCAUCGGUUCCCAUGCAAAUAGAUGGAGCACCUGUUGCAAGCUUUCCAACAAAUGUGAAGUUCCAAAAUGCGGCAGCAGAACCUGUUAUACCGCUGACACAGGCUGCGCUGCCUGGAACAGCUUCUGAUCAGUCUGGGUUGGCCUUUCCAUCUCUUUUUGGAAAUGCCUGGUCAGAUCCCUGCAUUGAGUUUGCGUUCAAAACCCUUACAGGUGACAUUCCUGUUCUGGACGACACUGCAGCUGUCAUAGACUACUUCCCUCAGCAACAAGACUUGAAUAAAGGCUCAACAACAAACUGUUCAGCUUCUGCUUUUGACAAUACCAGAAACCGUACACAAGUCGAUGUCAACCUCCCAGUGCCGAGGCCAUCGGAUAAGCUCUACAAUGGCAGUUGGUUCCCUCCCCAGUGACUUCACUGGAGGGGGAAAAUACAAUAACAUUUUGUACCUGCUUUCACAAAUCAGAGGGAAGCCAAGGCAUAAUACUCUUGUUAGCACUGAUGUGAAUUUGUGAUCCUGGAGGAUACAUGAUGUAAAAAGCCAGUAGCUUGUUCUUACCUUAUUAGACAAUAUGUUAAUACAUCCAAAUCAAUGCUGCCUUGUUGGAUUGACAUGGCUUCGUGAA